AUGACGAAAACUCUUAGUGAAGUUGAGCUAUUUGCAGCCACAAGCAUAACACAGCUAUCCAUAUUGGUAUAUUAUUUAAUGCUGCCAAGGUCUGCAUUUUUAGAAUUUGUCUUUUCCGCAAUUCCAUUAUACUUUGUGGUUGUUUUUAUUGGGUACUCAGGCCUAAUUUAUGCCGGAUUUUCCUUUAUGCUUAUUGCAUACCUUUUAUUCACGAUGUUUCUAGAGUGGAAACAGAGAAAAUCUGUAUGGCCAUGGAAAAGCUAUGCUCCAUCUCAGUAUAAACAAAUCUCCUCCUCAGUGUUUCAGGAAAAAGACCUAAACACAUCAAUUGCAAUAGACAGAACUCGCUCUCUUAUCAUUACCAGUGUUGCCAUUACUAUAUUUGCAUCUGAUUUUUCUUUCUACGACGGAAGAAAGUUAGGGAAAAGCAUGGAUUAUGGACUCAAGCUCAUGGAUAUAGGUGUAGGCUCCUUCGUGUACAAUGCAGGAUUCUUUUCGGUAAAAGCAAGUAAGCAAAGGAAAAUCAAGAACAUAUUGUCUUCCUUCUUUUUUGGAGCCUUAAGAUACUUGUCCAAAGUGAUACUUAAGCUCGAUGUCAAAGAUGCAGAGUUUGGAGUCCAUUUGAAUUUCUUUUUCAUGCUUGGAAUCUUAAACUUGGCCUCUUUGUUUAUAGACACAUAUGCAAACUUCUUAGUGGGAUUUGCUAUGUGUCUAUUCCAUGAGAUCUUCUUGAAGUUUUUUGGAUUAGAAGAGGUAAUAUACAAUUCCACUAGAUCAAACUUGAUAACUGCAAAUAUUGAAGGAAUUACAUUCCUUCUGCCUCAAAUGGGGAUGUUUUUGAUGGCAAGCGACAUAUCAAAAGCCAUAUUCAAAAGAAAGAACACAAAUAUCAUCAUGUUCUACAAUUUACUUUUUUUUACCAUAUUUCUGAUGACUCGUACAUAUUCCGUGCCCUGCCGCAGAAUACAUAACCUUUCUUUUGCUAUGAUAAUAAUGUUUCUUCACACCACACAGGGAAUUACCUUUGGAAUAUUUAAUAAGGCUUUUAGGAUUGAAGAACUCAAGAUGCACCGCUUCACAAGUAAGUAUUUACUGUUUAUAUUAGUUUGGUCCAACCUUCUUGUAUUUAUAAACAAGCAUUUUUUCAGUCCGAAGAAUAUUCCAAACUACCUAGCACAUGGGUUGUGCAUUGCAUAUCUUUUUCUUGUGUUUUAUGUUCCCUAUGUUUUAAAAAAUAUGGGGUUUAGGAGAAACACCAAUCAGAAAGACAUCAAACUCUUCUCCCAUAGGGAUUAA